AUGCACAGAAAGAAAUCAUCCGAGCUUGGUUUCCCUGGUUUUGUAUUCCCAGACACCAGCGGUAAACAGCAUGCACUCGCCUCCGCAAUCAAUGGCCUGGACUACGGCUCUUCCAGUAUUUGGAGCACAUCUACUAUCGAGGGGUAUCUGAAGCAGCAUAAUAUGACCGAGGCCCGACUGAACGAUAUGGCCAUUCGUAACCUCAUCGGAUACUACUAUGUCAACCUGGACAAUGGCACACAACCUUUGACAGCCGAACAGGACGCAUAUGUUGAUGUCCGUGGUAACUACGCUAAGCUGAUUCGCUCUCACGGAUCCAAGUCGAUGGCCCUUCUUAAAAACGAGAACAACGCUCUUCCCCUCAACAAGCCCCAUAAAAUGGCAAUUUUCGGCUCUCAUGCCCGCGCCGCUAUUGCUGGACCGAAUAUGGAAUUCAGCGUUGAGGGCUCUAGUCCUGUUUACGAUGGCCACCUGGCCACUGACUCUGGCUCUGGACAAGGAUCUCUGCCUUACCUCAUUACUCCCGAGACUGCGUUUACCAUCAAGGCCGCUCAGGAUGGUACCAUGCUCCACUGGGUUGCGAACGGCUUUGCUCGCAACCUGAAUCUUCGGCUUGUUGUCAAUAAUACUGGUCAUGCCUUUGCGGUUAAGGCUUCCGGGAAGGGUGGUCUUACUAUCUGGACGCAUUUUCUCAAGGACAAGGAGUACUACCCGUCCUUCAAGGCUGCCAACGGCUAUACGGGACCGGCAAUCAAUUUUGGUUCUGUUGUUCAGGUUUUCGAAGCUUAUGAGUUUGCUAAAAGUGUCGGCCACUUUGUUGUUGGUGGUGAAGCUGUCCCACUCAACCGAGAACUCAAUGUUUUCUGGAUGCUUCGCGGUGGCGGCGGCAGUACAAUUGGCGUCGUCACGUCUCUGACCGUCAAUGCCCUGGCCUCAAUUGGAAAAACUACGACUGUGACGUUCAACUUCACAGUGCAUGGCACUCCGGGCCCAGAUUCCUUUUGGUCUGCUGUCAAGGCGUACUUGGACCACUUCGAAACCUUUGUGGACGCGGGCACCUAUGGCUACUACUACAUUGGAGCCUCCUCAGCCGAAAUCGGAACGACAUAUAAAGGCGACACGAACUACUAUUUCCGCAUGGAGUCCCAUUAUGCGUGGGUCGAAGCCUUCCCCCGGGAAUACGUCGGAACCGACGUCGGGAAAACUGCAUCCCGUCUGCUUCCCCGUAACGUCUUCCAAAGCGACGAUCUUCGCGAUCAGACCUGGGCUGCAUAUAAAGAUGCAGUUGAGCAGUGCUCUUCCUCGCCGGCUUCCACAUCAGCGGAACUGGCAUCUCCGUCAAACCACCAACAGAUACCUCCGUCCACCCAGCAUGCCAUGACGCAUAUCAUUGUGGGCUCCGAAUGGUACUUCACCUCGACUUGGGACGUGGUAAAGAGCCAGACCUUCUUCGUGACCGAGUGGAUGGAUGUGCUGCGCAAGAUUGCACCAGACUCGGGCGCUACAUGA